CUCCCGCUCCCGCUCCCGCUCCCCGCCGGCCGGGCUGGGCGAGCUCCGCUCCUGGUGGGAAGUCCCGGCCAUCGCCCACUUCUGCUCCCUCUUCCGCACCGCCUUCCGCCUGCCCGACUUCGAGAUCGAGGAAUUGGAAGCCGCUCUGCACCGGGAUGAUGUAGAGUUUAUCAGCGACCUGAUCGCCUGCCUCCUCCAAGGCUGUUACCAGCGCAGAGACAUCACGUCCGAGACGUUCCACAGUUACCUGGAGGACAUCAUCAACUACCGUUGGGAGCUGGAGGAAGGGAAGCCCAACCCGCUGCGGGAGGCCAACUUCCAAGACCUGCCCCUCCGCACCCGCGUCCAGAUCCUCCACCGCCUCUGCGACUACCGGCUCGACGCCGACGAUGUCUUCGACCUGCUCAAGGGUCUGGACGCGGACAGCCUGCGGGUGGAACCGCUGGGCGAAGAUAGUACCGGGGCCCUGUACUGGUAUUUCUACGGGACCCGCAUGUACAAAGAAGCUCCCGCCCCGGGCAAGCCCAACGGAGAGCUGCCCGCCAGCAGGGAGGGCGGGAACCAGCAGAGCGCCGCCGCGGCGCCCGGGAAAACCGGCAGGAGGAGGGGGCGGCCCCCCAAGCGGAAGAAAAUCCUGGAGGAGAUCGCCGCGAGUGAGAAGCAGGAAGAAAACCCCCUCGAAUCGGAGCCCCAGACGAGGAACGGCCCCGGCCGUGGCACGUGGUGGCUCCUGUGCCAGACGGAAGAGGAGUGGCGGCAGGUGACGGAGAGCUUCCGAGAGCGGACCUCGCUGAGGGAGCGGCAGCUCUACCGGCUGCUGAGUGAGGACUUCCUGCCCGAGAUCUGCAACAUGAUCGCCCAGAAGGAGACCCCCGUGCUCAGCCGGAUGGAGAAGCAGCGGCGCCGGGAGGAAGAGGAGGGGAACGGGGAGGACGUGGAGGAGGAGGAGCGGCAGCUGCUUUUGGCCGUGCAGAAGAAGGAGCAGGAGCAGAUGUUGAAGGAAGAGAGGAGGCGGGAGAUGGAGGAGAAGGUCAAAGCCGUGGAAGAUCGGGCCAAGAGGAGGAAGCUACGGGAGCAGCGGGCCUGGCUGCUGGCCCAGGGCAAGGAGCUCACCCCCGAACUCUCCCGCCUGGACCCCGGCUCCCCGGCCCGCGACGACAGGAAGACCAAGGACUUCUUCGAGUUGGACGACGAGUUCACGGCCAUGUACAAAGUUCUAGACGUGGUGAAGGCGCACAAGGACUCCUGGCCCUUCCUGGAACCCGUGGACGAAUCCUACGCGCCCAACUACUACCAGAUCAUCAAGUUCCCCAUGGACAUCUCGAGCAUGGAGGCGAAGCUGAACCGAGGCCAGUACUGCUCCAAGGAGGACUUCGUCACGGACAUGAAGACCAUGUUCCGGAACUGCCUCAGAUACAACGGGGAGAACAGCGAGUACACUAAGAUGGCGGACAACCUGGAGCGCUGCUUCCAGCGGGCCAUGCUGAAGCACUUCCCCGGCGAGGACGGAGACACGGACGAGGAGUUCUGGACGCGGGAGAAGCGGCGGAGCCGAGCGGGGCGGGGGGCCGGCAGCGUCUGGACGCGCUCCCGAGACCCGGAGGGGCCGGCCCGCAGACCCCAGCCCCUGGAGAACGGGGGCAAGCCGCUGCCCCAGCGCGGGGGCCCGCCGCCCGGGAGCGAGCAGGGCCUCGGCGAACGGGACCCGGCCCGCUUCUCCCGCCCGCCGCACUACGGCGGCAUGCCCGCCCACGGCCCCCUUCUGGGACAGAUGAGACCGGCUGUCCCGGGCCCCUUUGGCCCCCUCCGGGGCUCAGACCCGGCCGUCCUGUACGGAUCCCCCCAGGUGCCCGAGCCCCACCCCGGGGGCCCCGUCCAUCAGCACCAGCACUUUGCCAUGCAGCCGCCGGUCGGACCGGGCGAGCCCAGGGGGCCGAGGCUGGCCGCCCCGGAGGAGACGCAGGUGUGCGCGGGGCUGACCCACCUUACGGCGGCGGGGCACCGAGCCGGACCCCUGGCGCUCGGGCACGGGGGCGGGCCCGGCCCGGACGGCGGGCCGUACCCUUCGGCCCCGUUCCAGGCGGGGUUCGUGGCCCCCCGGCACGGCGGGCCCCCGGGGCGGCCCCCGGAGUUCCCGGACGGCCCCGAGGUGCCCCCCGGGCACGGCUACCGGCCCUACAAGUACCUGAACCGCGUGCCCUCGGCGGGGUGGACCGGCGGCCACGGGGCGCCCGGGCGGGGGCCCCUGGGGCCGGACGAGAAGCCCCGGCCCCUCGCCCACGGGGUGGACCCCCGGGGCGCCCUGAGGCCCCUGCUGCCCCCGCCCCAGUGGCCGGGCCAGGCCAGCCCCGGCCCGCCCGGCGUCCCCGCCCCCUCGGGCUUCAUGCGUCCGGUCUGCGGGGCCCCGGGGCCCAGGAUGCAGCCUCCGGCCCCGCCCCCCCCGGGGGGCCCGCUGUUCGGGGGGCCGGGCCCGGCCGCGCGGGGGGCCCUGGGCGGAGAGUCCAUGAUGGACAGCCCGGAGAUGAUCGCCAUGCAGCAGCUGUCCUCGCGCGUGUGCCCGCCCGGCGCGCCCUACCACCCGCGCCAGCCGCCCCCGCCCCACCUGCCGGGCCCCUGCCCCCAGCCGGCGCGCUCGGCCUCGGCCGGGGGCCCCAUCCCCGACCCCGAGCCCGGGGCCGGCGGCCAGCACGCCGGAGACCACGAGGAGCCCGAGAGCGGCCGGGCAGAGCCACCGUCCGGCCCGGAGACGAAGACCGCCACGGUCAAGCUACCUCAUCCGGCCUCCUCCUCCCAGCGGGCCGAGCGGCCCCGCCUGGGCUCCCCGCCCGGCCGGGAGCCGGAGGGCCCGGGGCCGAGGGGCGACCCCGCGGAGCGCCCCCGCGGCGGGCCCUGGCCGGCCGACCCCGCCUACGUCGGGCCGGUGGCCCCGGAGGGCGGCGGCGGCCCGCCCCCCCACGGGCCGGAGGCCAAGGGCCCGGCGGGGGUCGCGGCCGAGAAGCCCCCGUGCCCGCGGGGGGCGGGGGGCCCCGGGGGCCAGUUCUCGCCCCUGUUCGUGCCGGGCCUGGAGUACCCCGGCGCCGUGGCCCGCUUCCACCUGGCCCCGGGCCUCCAGGGCUUCGGGCCCGUGGUGGGGGGCGGCGGGAAGCCCCCCCCGGCCCCGCCCCCGCAGCCUUUCCCCCCUCGGGGCUUCCCCCCGAACGGCCCCCACCCCGCCGGGCCCCCCCGCUACCGGCCCCCCGACGCCAUGCGCUACCCCUACCAGGCGGCCGCCGCCCGGCCGCCCUACCCCCACCCCCACCAGCGGACUCCCUAUUACCCCUGCCCCCAGGGCUACGCCGACUGGCAGCGGCCCCCGGUCCGCGGCCCCCCGGCCCGGGCCCCCCCGUUCCCCGAGCAGGGCUGCGACGGCCUGCGCCCGGCCCUGGCCUCCCCCGCCCGCCCGGAGCCCGCGCCGGGGCCGGCCGAGGGGCCGGACGGGGCGGCCGAGCGGCCCGAGAGCCCCAAGGAGUUCCUGGACUUGGACAACCACAACGCGGCCACCAAGCGGCGGGAGUUCCUCUACGGGGCCCCGCCCCCGCUGGGCCCCGGCUUCGGCCCGUCCCCCUUCGCCCCGCCCGACGUGAUGCUGCAGACCCCCUACGCUCCCCAGCGGCCCGCCGGGCCCUUCCAGCCCACGGGCUACGCGGGGCCGGGGGCCGCCCGCCCGCCCGCCGGCCAGGCCAACGGGCUCCCGCGGGACGGGCCCCCCUACCCCUGCCGGGAGGACGGCGGCGGGGGCCACUUCCAGGCCCUCGUCAUGGAGCAGAGGGGCGGCCCGGGCGGCUCGGGGCCCGGCCUCCGGGACGUGUACCGGCCCGCCGGCCUGCAGAUGCCCCCGGCCCCGGGCCCCUUCCCGAAGUCAUCCACCCCCGCGGGCCAGGACGAGCUGCAGCCGCCCAAGCCUUCCGCCCUGCCCCUGGACCAGAGCUAGUCCGAGGAUGACCGCCGCCCCCGGACGCGACGUCACGCCCGGAGACCCCCGUUCUCGUCUCUUCGCGGCCCCCGCCCCCCGGGGACCCCACCCCCACCCCCGGCACCGUUCCCGGGGUCCCCCCGGGCCUCUGCGCGGGGGGGGGUGCCGUCUCGGGUCAGGGGCCGGGCCGGGCCCCGACGACGACGGGACGCCGCUCUCGUGACUGGAGACGGACCGCGGAUCGGGGAACUCUCCGCGGAGGGGGCCGAGCGGGGCGGGGGGCGGGAGGGGAGGGCUUCACGAGCGGCUAAACUCAGGUAUAUUUUGGGGGUGGGGCAGUGGGGUGACCUUCUGGUAGGGCAUUACUGUUUUUGGAGCUGGGGCCAGUUUACAGAAUUUACCUGUUGCCUUUGAAGAU